AUGUCAGAAGUGAAGAAAGAAACGGAGAACGAUUCCACCUUCCAAAAACUUUCGCAAGCAAUUAAAACAAGUAUUUGGUCUGAUCCAGAAAUCCAACCAUACACAAAUGUAAAAGACGAACUAUCCGAAUGUGACGGUAUACUCCUACGAGGAACACCGCGUUUGGUUCUUCCACAAUCACUCGAGCAACAAGCUAUUGAGUGCCAUCACGCAGGUCAGCAGGGAAUAGUAAAGACCAAGCGACUACUACGCGAGAAAGUUUGGUUCCCGUCGAUCGACAGAAUGGUUCAAGAGAGAAUAAAAAACUGUAUUCCGUGUCAAGCUGCAACACAAGGUACCAUGCCAAAACCAGAACCAUUGAAAACGAACCCCACUACCAAAAGCACCAUGGAACGAAAUUGCUAUUGACUUCGUUGGUCCCUUUCCAUCGGGCGAAACACUACUUGUAGUCAUUGAUGAAUUCAGCAGAUUUCCGGAAGUCGAAAUCCUCCAUUCCACAACCGCAAACGCCGUCAUACCCAAACUCGAUGGUAUUUUCUCUAGACAAGGGAUACCAGAGUCGUAAAAUCAGACAACGGCCCACCGUUCAAUAGCGCAGAAUUCGCAAACUUCGCCAGUUUCCUUGGUUUUCAACACAGAAAGGUUACGCGCUAUUGGCCCCUAGCUAAUGGUGUAGUCGAACGUUUUAUGCGAACACUCGAAAAAGCAAUCCGUACAGCCCAUUUAGAGAAAAAGAAUUGGAAACAAGAAAUUAAUGUAUUUCUACGCCAGUACCGUGCAACUCCACACAGCACCACCAACACAUCCCCAUCUGAAGCUCUAAACAGCCGAAAACUGCAAACGCUUCUUCCCCAGCUCACCGAAGUUCCCAAUCCUGAAGCAGAUAAUUCCAUCCACGAAACGGACAGUGAGAAGAAAAGAAAGAUGAAGGCGAUGAAACCAGCGAAAUAA